CGUUCGACCGUUGGUUAUGAACUGCAGAGAGAGGCAAGGGAAGAGGGAGUAAGUGCUGUACUCUGGGACGUUUUAAACUGAACAAAGACAUUUGACGAAACAUUUUGUAGGCUGCCACCACUGCUCGCUAUGGCUGAAGGAGACAACAAAAGCGCUAAUAUACUGGCCCACGAGACGGCCCAGCUGGAGGAGCAGCUGCAGGGCUGGGGGGAGGUGAUCCUGGCCGGGGACCGGGUCGUGCGCUGGGAGAAGCCCUGGUUCCCUGCCGUCCUGAUGGGGGCUACCACUGUCCUCUUCACGCUCAUCUACUACCUGGACCCCUCCGUGUUGACUGGGCUGUCCGGCUCCGUCAUGCUGCUGUGUCUGGCCGACUACCUGGUGCCCACCCUCGCCCCACGCGUCUUUGGCUCCAACCAGUGGACCACCGAGCAACAGCAGCGCUUCCACGAGAUCUGCGGCAACCUGGUGAAGACCCAGCGCCGCGUCCUGGGCUGGUGGAAACGCCUCUUCGCCCUGAAGGAGGAGAAGCCCAAGAUGUACUUUGCGUCGGUGAUCAGCAGCCUGCUGGCGGUGGCUUGGAUUGGGCAGCAGGUCCACAACCUGUUCCUCACCUACCUGAUUGUGAGCUUCCUGUUGCUGCUGCCUGGCCUCAACCAGCACGGAGUCAUCAGCAAGUACGCCGGCAUGGCCAAGAGGGAGAUCAACAAGCUGCUCAAACAGAAGGAGAAGAAGAACGAGUGAAGGGGGACGAGGAGGGGAGGAGGCGGGUGGAUGGAGGAGGAGGAGAGGACGGAGCCAAGGGCGCUUUACACCUCAUCUGCAGCCGAGCAAGACCAUUUUCAAACUCUGAAGGACUCUCUUCGCCUGUCUUGGAAGCCGUUCUCCUUCGGAGGGGGGGGGGGGGGGGGGGGGGGACGAAAGGGGGAAGGGGUGUCCAGUGUCCAACACCCACUCACCAUGCAGUGUACACAAGGGGGGGGGGUUUAAUCAUUGGUUUCUCACGUCAUGUCAGCAGUCACGUUUCUUAGAUCACACUGGUGAAGUGGGCGAGCACACACACACACACAGUAUGUUCUCUGUUUCUUAGACCCGUAUGAUUUUAAGAAGCCAGUGAGUCAUUCUUUGGCAUUCCCGUUUGGUUUAACCUGAAAAACAAACUACUGAGUAAACAUUUUGUUGUGAAAUUGCGUAAACGCCUCAACACCUCAACACAGAACGUCUUUGAGCCUCCGUUGAAUCAUCGCUUCGUAGCCUUCUCAUUUGUUUCUGAAAACUAUGACGGACACAAGUCACCCCCUUUCUUCUUAUUAUUUUUGGCCCCCCGCAUCUCAUUUGUUAGCUUUGCUCUGAAAGCAUCAAACAAAACUGGAUUCGAGAGAUGGGCAGACCUGUUCCCUGCGGUGUCAAUGUCGGGUUGUUAACUCUUAAGUAGGCCUACUGCUGUAACUCUGCUAGCUGGCCCCUCUGUGGCCCCUGUAGCUCCUCGCUUCUCUCCUACCCUGGUUUGGCCCUCUCUCUUCAGGGGGGAGUUGUAAAUACACCUGUCCUUAUUUCCCUUUCUUCAACAUUUUCCUGUCUGUUGUUUUUUUUGUGUGUGUUUUUGCUGUCUUGCCGUAGAUGUCUUUUUUGAACUCUGUUUUCCUGUCAUUUCACACGUUUUGGAGAUCUCUCACAGAGAAUAAAGUCUGAUUUAAACCAG